GAAAUAUUCCCAUGAUCAUUUAGUUUUCUCUGUAUAUAUAUUCAACACAAUGAAAGAGAUAAAGGAACAAACGAGUGAACCAGGAAAGUUUCGACAAUUUAUAGCAGCUAUGGUGGUGAAUCUAUCAGCCAUGGCGUAUGGGACAAUGGUUGGUUGGCAAUCCCCAAGUGCACUGCAAUUACAAAGUGAAAAUUCGCCAAUUGGAACAAUAGCGAUGACAGAUGAAGAAGUUUCUUGGCUAAGUGCAAUUAUGUGUUUAGGAGGAACUAUAACAACUCCGAUGAUGGGUCCGUUAUCAGAGAAACUUGGACGCAAGUUCACCGGUUAUCUAAUUGCCGUACCUUUCGUGAUCUGUUCUUUUUUAACAAUUUUUGCAACUAAUUCAAUGCAUAUUUUUAUCGCACGUUUUUUCGCUGGUAUUGGAGGCGCAGGUGCAAUUUUUGUAAUACCACUUUACAUCUCCGAGAUAUCUUGCGACUUGAUACGCGGUAUGCUGGGUAGUCUGCUAGUUUUGAUGCUGAACACUGGAAUUCUGAUAGCUUACAUAUUAGGCGCUUUUUUGCCUUUCAAGAUCUUCAAUAUUUGCAUCGCUAUAAUAUCUUUGAUUUAUCUUGGAGGUUUUAUUUUCCUACCAGAGACACCUGUUUAUUUGGUUCGUCACAACCGACUUCGUGAGGCUGCUAGGUCUUUGAUGUGGCUGAGGGCGGGACACCAAUUGACGGUGGAGAGAGAGUUACUACGUUUGCAGAUUGCUACGAAGGAAGCCGCAAUAUCAACUAAAUCCAUUGGUCUCUCAGAUCUCUUCAGGGAUAGAGGAACGAUCAAGGGAUUGGUGAUUUCACUAGGCCUUUUUGCUGGUCAACAACUAUGUGGUAUAUUUGCUAUGAUAAGCUAUACGGAAACGAUCUUUCGGAUAUCAGGGAGCUCAUUAUCACCGAACACAGCUGCAAUCACCGUAGGUGCCAUACAAGUUGUAGGAUCCUAUCUAUCAACUUCACUAAUGGAACGAGCCGGUAGAAGACCUCUUCUAUUAAUAUCCUCUCUAGGGAUGUGCAUUUGCCAUUAUGUUCUUGGUACUUUUUGUUAUCUUCAAAAAUUAAAUUAUGAUAUUUCUGCAUUCGGUUGGAUACCGGUAGUAGCUUUAUCAAUAUACGUGAUCGUUUAUUGUUUGGGUUUGGGUCCUGCACCCUACGUGAUUUCCUCUGAGAUAUUCAGUCGGGACAUCUCCAGUCUGGCAGUUACAGUAAGUUACUUAUUUGUUUGGAUCGUGGCAUUUAUGGUAGUGAAAUUUUUCGCGAAUCUAGUAGCAAUAUUUGGCAUGUACGGAUGUUUCUUUAUUUUGGGUACUUCUUGUAUUGGUACUUUUUUCUUCAUUUUUAUUAUGGUACCAGAAACGAAGGGACGACCGCGAGAAGAUAUUUUUAACGAAUUAAAUGGUGGUGAUUCUUGGAAUUCGACAACUGCUAACGUUAAGAUCUUAUCGAAUGCUUGAUGAUCUUUAGAGAUCUCUAUAAUUUAAAAAAAAUGGACGUUUUCGUAGAUGAGAUAAAUUUUCAUAAAUCCUUGAAUAAGUGAAAAUGAAAGAUUGUUGUGAAAAAGUGUAUAUUGAAGCUGUGCAAUAAGUGCUUCGUUAGUUAUUAUAUAUAGAAUGUAUUAACCGGCUGAUCGAUAUUUAUGGAU